GCUCCGCCGUCGAACCAGCGCGCGUGAGAAAAAGUUCACGUCUCUUUUCUUCUUUAUCUUCGCCCCUUUCACCUAUUCUCUCUCCUUGUUUCUUUCUUCUGAUUGCCGGAUUCGACUACCUACGCGCCCACCAUGUCGCCCAUCCCCAUCACCAUCAUAACCGGCUUCCUGGGUUCCGGCAAAACCACCCUCAUCCUUAACCUCAUUCCUCAACUGCCCGCCGAUUACAAGCUCGCCCUCCUCAAGAAUGAAUUCGGUGACCUCGCUGUCGACUCGCAGCUGGCGUCCUCGGCGGCCAUUUCCGGUGUGCAGGAACUGCUCAACGGCUGCAUCUGCUGUAACCUGACCGGCCAACUCGGCGAUGCGCUCACGGCUCUGCGCACCGAAGCCUCCCCCGACCGCAUCGUCAUCGAGACCAGUGGCAGCGCCUUCCCCGCCACGCUGGCUAUGGAGGUCAACCGCCUCGCCAGAGAGACGGGCAACUUUGUGCUCGAUGGCGUGAUGAGCGUCGUGGAUGUAGAGAACUGGCAGGGGUACGAAGACACGAGUUACAGCGCAAAGGUGCAGGCACAAUACACGGACCUGAUUGUCCUGAACAAGUGGGAGUUGGUCAGUGAGCGGAGAGUUGAGGAUGUUGAGGACAAGAUCCGGGAUCUGGAACUCGAAGUCCCAACGCCGAUUGUUAAGAGCAUCAAGGGCAAAGUCGAUAAGGAUAUUGUAUUCGGACUCGAUGCGAAGUUGGCCAAGACAGAGGGCGCCACUGGAGAGCACAAGCACAAGCAUGAGCAUGAGCACAACCAUGACCACUCAAGCGAGGUGGAGGUUCUGUCUAUCACCGUGACAGCAUCCUCAGCUCCGCCCCAAGGACUUGAUUUGGAAAAGUUGGAAGGCCUCCUGAAGGACUCUUCCAAGGAUGAGAUUUACCGCAUCAAGUCCGUUCUGUACGCUUCGUCUCAUCCCAAGUCCUCCGGCGGUGCUCCGACCACCGACCCGGCGACUGCCCCUCAGGCCACCAGCAAGUACAUUCUCAACUGGGCCUUCGGCCGGUGGACCUUCACAUCUGUUGAGGGAAGUUCGGCACAGGCAACUCCGCUGUCGUCUGGAAGCGCGACCCCUGCUGCCACGGACUCUGGUGUCUCGACGCCGCAAGCCGCCGGUGCUGAGCCAGCUCUGAGGAUGACCAUCAUCACUGCGAGGUACGAGUCCGCGAAGUGGAAGAAGAGGAUCGAGGCUGGCGAGUUCUUCGCACUGGAGAACGGCCAGCCUUUCGAUUUGAAGGUGGAGAAGGUGGCUUAAGGAGCCAAGAAUGCGGGGCAUUCGAAGCAGAUGGCAGGAGGUUCUUUGCUCUUACGAGUACAUACUUUUUGGAUACCCAUGGCGCAGCUCGAGAUUCAGAACGGCAGGUGAAAGACCGUUGCAGGCUGACGGGAAUGCGGGUCUUCGCGCUGUCACAGAGCCGCAGUGCCGGGACGAGCAAGAUAGACGGAGUUAGGUGUCUAUUUCUAGACGUUUAGAGCCUGCACGCACGCAGGCAAGAUCUAAUAGAGCUAGAUAGCGUGUUUAUUGUUUUCGUAGCACCUGGUCCGCCGCGGAAGAGACGGACUUGGCGACAUGUGGAAGGCAUGAGACAAGCGAUUUGUCGGACCCUUAUUGAUACAUAUGCUCUAUAUACGGCCGUGUUCCUACUGGAUCUUCGCCCC